AUGGGAAAUCGUUAUAUUGAUGAUGAUGAUAUAUAUAAUUUCGAAGAAAAUGAAGCAUUAUCAUGGAGACAACCGAAUCAAAGAGAAGAAACAAACGUUUACACAAAUAAUGAACGGAAUCCACCAACUCAAAAAAAAAUUGAUAUUUUGACUGAAUUUGAUCCGGUUAAUACGACUAAUAAGAAUCGUCAUAGUGAAGGCUAUGAUAUGAACGUAUUUUUUGGCGAAGAAAAAGAAGCAUUAAACUGGAAAAAACAGUAUGGAGAUGUUUCUCUGAUAGAAGACGAUAUUAAUAAUAACGAAAAAAAGGAUGCACAGUCUCAAACAAGAGAAGAGAUUAUAGAUGAGCUUGAUCGCGAAAGUGAUGACACAAAUUUAUAUGAAGACAUUGAAGCUAUAUGGCGACUACCGGUUAAAAAAGAAGAGUAUACAGCCAAUUUUAGUUCAACUGAUACAUAUAAUAUAUCUGAAAGCGUUCGGCAUAAUAAAAACGAUGAUAAAGGUGAUAAACAUAAACGAGAUUUAAGUGAGUUUGAUCCAUUUAAUAAAUCCGACAGGAUCCGAGAAACCCGCCAUAAUAAUAACGGUGAUGUGCAAAAUAUAAAUUUACUUGAUGACGAAGAGAGUACAUUAGCAUGGAAUAAUCAAAUAGUAACAAAAAAUAAUGAACCCGUGGAUGAAAAAGAAUUAACAUGGAAGCCUCAGAAUCAAAAAAUAGAAGUUCAUUUUAAUGGAAAUGGAAAUAUUGAGCACGAAAAGAAAGAAACAUUAUUACCGAAACAACAAACUCAAAAAAUAAAUGAACUCAUUAUUGAUUUUGAUCCAUUUAAUGAAUCUGUCAGGGAUCGAGGAGAGAAUAUAGCCAAUUCCAGUUCAAUUAAUAAUAUAUUUGAUAUAUCUGUUUGGGAAAGUUUCUACGACAAAAAAAAUGAUGCAGUCGAUAAUAAAACUCUAGGUGAAAUACCUGUUCCAGUAAAGAAACAUGCACAGACUCAAAAAAAGGGGGAGAUUAUAAAUGAGUUUGAUCCAUUGAGUAUAUUAGACACGAUUCGAGAAACAAACCAUAAUAAAAGCGAUAAUAAAUAUGAUAUAAAUUUACAUGAUGACGAUGAGAUGGAUGCAUUAGAAUGGAGGCAGCCUAUAAAAAAAAGUGAAGAACAUCAUAGUAUAAAUGAUGAUGCAAAUAAUGAAUACGAAAAGAAAGAAACUUCAUCAAAGAAACAACAUAGUCAUGAUGAGAUAGUGAAUGAGUUUGAUCCAUUUAAUACAUCCGACAAGAAUCGUUAUGUAAAUAUGCAAGUUAAUAAAGAGAAACCUGUAUUAUCGUGGAGAGAUAAUGAACAAGUAGAUGAUGGCCCUACGCGAAACAAUAAUCCUGACGCAACGUGGGUGGGUCCUCCACAAUUUAGUUCGCUUGAGAUUCUUGGUGAGAAAAAGUCGCAUUUAAAACGUAUUGAGUCAAGCACAAAUACGCAUAUGAAUUAUAAAAAGUAUGAAGAUAAAAUUGAAAUAGAAAUAUGGGGAUCAUAUGAAGAAAUUGUGGAAGCUAAAAAUCAAUUGAAUGAACAUGUUCAAAGUUUGUUAGGAGGGAAAGGGUACGAUCAAAGUAGAAAAUAUGAUAAAAGGAAUAGACAAGAAUUUUAUUCGGAACCUGUUCCUAUUAAGAACAAGCAGGAGCUUGAGUUGAAACGCAAAAAAGAACAAGAACUUGAGUUAAAACGUCAAAAGGAACAGGAACUUGAGUUGAAACGUAGAGAAGAACAUGAGCUUGAGUUAAGACGUAAAGAAUCGGAGUUAGAGGUAAAACGUAAAGAAUUGGAGCUAGAGGUAAAACGUAAAGAAUUGGAGCUAGAGUUAAAACGUAAAGAAGAACUGGAAUUUGAGUUAAAACGUGAAGAAGAACUGGAUCUUGAGUUAAAACGUAAAGAAGAACUGGAACGUAAAGAAGAACUGGAGCUUGAGUUGAAACGUAGAGAAGAACUUGAACGUAAAAAAGAACUGGAGCUUGAGUUGAAACGUAGAGAAGAACUGGAACGUAAAAAAGAACUGGAGCUUGAGUUGAAACGUAAAGAAGAGCAGGAACUUGAACGUAAAAAAGAACAGGAGCUCGAGUUAAAACGUAAAGAAGAGCAGGAGCGUGAUGAUGAAAUUUAUUUACAACGUCCAGGUUAUUCGCAAAGGUUCCCCUUCAAUGAGUACUUUGUCUUUCCUACAACCGAUAUUCAUAUCUCUCGAUUUAUUGGAGCAAAAGAUGAAAUUUUGAACCCAGUACGUACUAAAUAUAAGUGCCAUAUUUGGCAUGAUUCAACUCUACCAGGUUCAAAUAUAAUAAAAAUUGUUGGUAGUUCAAGGGAAUCUGUAGAUAUAGCAACAACGCGGGUCAAGAAUUUGUUCAUUAAAACACUUGCAUCUAGAUCUAUUCCUCAUGCAACGCAAGUAGCAGAUAGUCUCUUAGGAGUUCAUCAUAUUGUAGAACAACCGCAUGAGCCUUGUGAGAUUAGAAUAGCGGAUCCAUCAGCUCGUUUCUAUCUAUACUAUUUACCAUUUUAUGAACCUAAAGUUAAACUUAUUAAACCAGUUUACAUGCCAUCAGAUUUAUAUUUUGAUUUUUUUCAUGAGAUUCGUGAGUCAAAUCUCAAAAGGGUCGAGGACUCUCUUCUUAGAGCUUUGGAAACUGUCCAUUUAUUAGAUGAAGAAAUCAAAAUGCGUGUUAGAUUUGGUCAUGUGUGUUUCACGCGUAUCCCUCUAACUAAAGAUUUCAAUAACGAUGCAACAUUAACUAUUAAUGAACUAAAUGAAAAGGUUCUGAAAAAAACUCGUACAGAAUCUAAAUUUGCUACACGAAUUGCCACUGAAGAAAGUCAAUUGAUUGGGUUAAUUGAGGUUCUUUCCGGUAAUGAUCUAGGAUGUUUUGGUUCCCCGAAUCGAGAAUUUAAGAUUCACGCAACUCGUAAAACAAAUGAUAAAGAGUGGCCGUGUGCUUUUGAUUUGGAGCUUAGGAAUGGUAAUGAAAGUAAACAUAAGAAGUAUGAUGGGAAGAUCGGAUUAUGGAGCGCUAUCAUACAUGAUAGAAACGUAUUAGACAUUAAUAUGUCAUGUUUGGCUAAUGAAUAUUCAUGGAAGCUUCAAAUUAAAACUGCAAAACGUCUUUUUAAUACUCCCCCUCAAGAAAAUUUUAUUAAUGGAUUAGAAGUUUGCCCACAAGGUCGUUUGAUUUAUUCAAAUACUAAAGACAUAAAUGUAGUUUCUGUAUAUGAGAAAACAAAAUGGAAGUACCAGUGGAAUAGUGAUUACAUUGUAGAAAUUGUUAAAUACGAAUUCUGGGAAAAAUUAUCAAAAUAUCAUGAUAUUCAAGGGCUGCCAGUUUAUUUGAGAGAAGAACCAUUUGUUGUUUCCUAUGGAGUAAAUUUUUACAAAAAGUCUUGGGACAAUAACUUUGCAAAUAAUCUUGACUUGGACGUUGGAGAAGCUCCUGAAUGGCAUCCUCAAGAUAUUAUGGAUGAUCUUACGGAAGAAGGAAAAACAGAGGGUGUUGAUGGUUUGAUGAAUGAUAUUAAAACUUUCUUAGAUGUAUUAGAAAGUAAGAUUCCAACGCCAGCUGAGCAUGAGUUAUGCGAUACAUAG